CUCGCGGCUUUUCGCGAGCAGCUCGCAUCGGACGUCGCCACAGAGGACGAGACGUCGUGGACCGACUCUGUCUCCGUCGCGGAGCGGGUAGGGACGAAGAGGGCGGUGAAGAAGCAGCACACGCGCCACCCGGACUGGCUCAAGGUGCAGCGGCCUGGGGGGGACGACUACAUGCGGAUCCGGAACGGCCUGCGCGCGAGCAAGCUGGCGACCGUGUGCGAGGAGGCGCGGUGUCCCAACAUCGGCGAGUGCUGGUCGAGCAAGAAGGGGGCCGCCACGGCGACCAUCAUGGUGCUCGGCGACACGUGCACGCGCGGCUGCCGCUUCUGCAACGUCAAGACCUCGCGCGCGCCGGCGCUGCCUGCAGACGAUGAGCCGGAAAAGACGGCCGAGGCGCCGCGCCGGGGAGGGGGCGGGAGAGGCGCGGCCACACGCGCGAUCGCCUCGUGGGAGGUGGACUACGUCGUCAUCACCUCGGUCGACCGAGACGACAUCCCUGACGGCGGCGCGUCGCACUACGCCAGGGUCGUUCGGCGGGUCAAGGCGCGACCGGCACUCAAGCCGUCGAUGCGGCUCGAGUGCCUCACGCCCGACUUCAACGGCACCUCCGGCCUCGACGGCGUCGCCACCGUCGCCUCCGCCGGCCUCGACGUCUACGCACACAACAUCGAGACUGUCGAGCGGCUGCAGGGCUCCGUGCGGGACCGCCGGGCGGGCUACCGCGAGUCGAUCGGCGUGCUGGAGCACGCGCGCAGCGUGAACCCGAGCCUGGUGACGAAGACCUCCAUCAUCCUCGGCUUCGGCGAGCGCGACGAUGAGAUCCGGCAGACGAUGCGAGACAUGCGGGACGCCGGCGUCGAGAUCUUCACCCUCGGCCAGUACCUUCGCCCGUCGAGGAGGCACAUGAAGGCGCCGCUGCCGCCCGGAGGGGAAGGGAAGGGAAGGGAAGGGUGGUGGUGGUACGUUGCGAGUGGUCCGCUGGUCCGGUCGAGCUACAAGGCAGGGGAGGUCUUCAUGGAGGCGAUUUUGCGCGAGCGCGAGGCGGCGCAGCACGGCUCGCGCAGUGGCGCGGAGGCGGCCUCGCCGAGCGACGGCGCCUCCUCCCUCCCCCUCUCCGGCGUGUGGACGCCGCAGCAGGGGGAGGAGCGCGCGGCGCGGGUCCUGGCGAGCUUGGCAGACUCGAGGCCAGAGGGCGCGUGCCCCCUGUGAGCGACGCGCGCUCUGUCUGUGUCUGUGUCUGUGUCUGUGUCUGUCUUGUGCCGGCUGUAGUGUGGCGGGGUGCAUGGUGCAUGGGGGAGGCCGGGUUCGUCGGAGCUUUCGUUGUUGAUUGCCGUUCGCCGGGGCGAGGCUUCCGCGCUCUCAAUGAGAGGCUCUCGUGGUUCGGCGCUUGAUGUGUGGCGUAUAGUAUAACUGUUUAAAUAACUCUUGGAGAAUUGUUUGUGGCGGCGGUUGGUCUA